CAAAAGAAAAGGCAAAUUAAAAACCAUAGAUUGCGGUAACAUCUGGAACGGGCUCCGGCACCCGGGAAAUCUUUUUGGAUGGACUUGGCCCAUCGCGGACCGCCUGAUCUCGGCCGUUUGAUGGCGUAGGACCUGUAAAGCAAGGGGUGGGAUUAGCCCGGACCAUCACGAAAUAAGGGUCUAACCAAGAACUGUCACAUGGGCCAGUUGCUUGCGGCUUGGGAGCAUAAAAGUCCACACUACCAUUCAAGAUUUGUUUUUCUGCUGUAAAGAUAGAUCUUUCUAGAGAGAGAGAGAGAGUUAGUGAGAAUUAGCAUCAUUGUUGUCCACCAGAGAUGCACUGCUUUAUAGGAUUUCCUUCUGCUUUGGCCCAUAUGAAAAGUAGGACAGGUAAAAGGGGUGAAGUUUGUGUAAACGGGCCAAAAAGGUCAAAAAAGGUGAAAAUUUUUCAGUAGCGUGUCCAGAUUUUAGUUCAUCAUGCCAACAUGAGCCAACCACAGUGCUCACUUUGUACAGCAGCACAGCUAAGAACAGAACAACCCCACAUUGCUUGAAUCAGCAAGUCGCCCACUAAAUAUCUGGUUCAGAAAUUUCAAUAGAUGACCAGAAUCAAUUACAAGAUCUAAAGGACAUAAAUGAGCCAAAACCAAGAGACUGUGUAGGUUGAGAAGAAGUAGAAUUUAAAGAAUCCUUUCAAUUUGCGACAGCAGUUGCACAAUAGAAUAACUUCAAAGAGAAGUAAGAGAUAAAGCACAAGUGAAGCAAGAAUGCAUAGGAAGAAGCUCAGUGAACCCUUUCUGGUUCUUGGACAAAACCAGAAAGAAAAGCAGAAUCCACACUAAAGAGUACCUAGCCAUCAACCUCAUGAAUUCGCAAGUCCUUCAAAGUGCUUGGCUGUUGAAACCAUAGGGUGAUUUCUUGAGCAAGCAAGCGAUUCCUACAGUGCGCAUGGCAAUGGCGUCAGAGGAGAGACUCGGAGAUCUGCAAUGUGUUGUACAUGCAAUCGGAUCUGAAAGUCUCGUUUUGCAUAACAUUUCCUUCGACCUCUCACAACCCAAGUCUGGUUAUUUUCAGGAAACGGAAAGUUCCUUGAAUGUGAACAUCAGUAAAGACAACCUCCAGUACUUCUCCCACCUCCUUACAGCAAUAGGAACAUCCAAGAAUGCUCACUCAUCCUUGAGAAACCUCGAGUUCCACGGUGUCAGUUGGGAACUGCAACUAGUAAAAACCUUGGGAGGGCUGUUCGAGCAUAGCUCGAGCAUCAAGGAAGUUGUGUUCCGGAGGAACAGAUUCAGUGCGGAUUGUUUGGCACAGUUGUCCGAAUUUCUGAAGAGUAAUAAAGUGAUCAGAGAAAUGACUUUCUGCGAAUCCGCUCUCGGGGCCGCAGGAGCGGGGCUGCUAGCGUCCGCUCUCAAGUACAAUGACAGUUUGGAGGAGUUGCAAAUAUGGGAAGACUCGAUCGGCCCAAAAGGUGCAGAGGAACUCUCGAAGAUGAUCGAAGUGAACUCCACGCUAAAGCUGCUGAGGAUUUUCGACUCGAACUCCAUAACAGCGACACCACUAAUUUCAGCAGUAUUGGCAAGAAAUAGGAUCAUGGAAGUUCAUAUUUGGAGUGGAGAAAAAAAAGAAAGGAGUUCCAAGGUGGUGGAGUUUGCGCCUGAGAACAGCACGUUGCGGAUAUAUCGGCUCGAUCUCUCGGGAACUUGCAGGGUUGCAUGUGCUCUAGGUAUGAAUCUCACGGUAAAAGCACUUGACCUGACUGGGGUCCGACUGAAAUCACAGUGGGCGAAAGAGUUCCGGUGGGUCCUGGAACGGAACCAGACUCUUCAAGAGGUGAACCUGUCAAAAACUUGCCUUAAGGACAAAGGAGUUGUUUAUGUCGCAGCUGGACUCUUCAAAAACCAGAGAUUGCAAAGCUUGUAUCUCGACGGGAAUUGGUUUGGUGGUGUUGCUGUCGAACAUUUACUUUGUCCAUUGAGUAGGUUCUCUGCUCUUCAGAUACAGGCUAACAUAACCUUAAAGUCCGUGGCUUUUGGAGGUGAAAGAACCAAAAUCGGAAGAGAUGGAUUGGCAGCCAUUUUGCAGAUGCUAACAACCAACGAAAGUUUGACACAUCUCGGUAUAUAUGACGACGAGAGUUUGAGACCAGAAGACUUCAUCAAAAUCUUCAAGAGCUUAGAAAGAAAUGCUACAUUAAGAUACUUGUCAUUGAAAGGUUGCAAGGGGGUAAAGGGGGAGCCGGUGUUGCAGGCAAUAAUGGAAACCUUGCAAAUCAAUCCAUGGAUCGAGAGUAUCGAUCUAGUCGGAACUCCGCUGCACAACUCAGGGAAGACAAAUGGGAUAAACCAAAGACUGGGCCAAAGCGAGAGGACUGAACCGGAAAUCGACUUGAUGAAAGACAUGCCGCUUGUGAUGCCCAAGACAUGUAGAGUCUUCCUGUGUGGGCAGGAAGAUGCAGGUAAAACCACACUGUGUCAUUCCGUAUCACAAAAUUUCUCUUCCUCGCGGCUUCCCUACAUUGAUCAGGUCAAGACUCUAGUAAAUCCAGUUGAGCAAGCGGUCAAACCAACUAGAAUGAAGAUAAAGACUUUCAAGGAUGAAGAGACAAAGAUUUCAAUAUGGAACCUUGCGGGUCAGCAUGAGUUCUAUUCCCUCCAUGACCUCAUGUUUCCAGGGCAGGGAAGUGCAUCAUUCUUCCUAAUUAUCUUGAGUUUGUUCAGAAAACCGAACAACAGAGAACCAAAGACGCCAGCAGAGGUGGAGGAAGACAUCCAAUACUGGCUCAGGUUCAUAGUCUCCAAUUCCGUCAGAGCAGCACAGCAGUGCAUGCUGCCCUAUGUCACAGUAGUUCUCACACAUUAUGACAAAAUCAAUCAAGCAUCUGAAAAUGUGCAGCUAAUAGGGAACUCAAUUCAGAGGGUAAGAGAUAAGUUCCAGGGGUAUGUAGACUUUUACCCUACAGUAUUCACAGUCGACGCAAGAUCCACUGCAUCUGUUAGUAACCUGACCCAUCACCUUCGAAGGACUAGUAAGACAAUCCUCCAAAGAGUCCCUAGGGUUUACCAGCUCUGCAAUGACUUGGUGCAAAUUCUGUCGGACUGGAGAGCAGAACACUACGGAAGACCCGCUAUGAAGUGGAAGGAGUUCAGUGAGCUGUGUCAAAUUAAGGUUCCAUGUUUAAGAGUUCGUUCAAGGCACGAUAACAAAGAGAAGGUGGAGAUCAGGAGGCAUACUGUGGCUUCAUGCCUUCACGAUAUAGGCGAAGUCAUCUACUUUAAUGAUUUGGGAUUCCUGAUCUUAGACUGUGAGUGGUUUUGCAGUGAAGUGCUUGGCCAACUGGUGAGAUUAGAAGUCAGAAGGCACGGGUCAUCAGACAGUAACGGUUUUAUUGGCAGAAAAGAACUGGAGAAGAUUCUCAGAGGAAGCCUACAGAGCCCCAUUCCUGGAAUGGGUUCAAAAGUAUUUGAGAACUUGGACGCGAGUGACCUUAUAGGGAUGAUGCUGAAAUUAGAGCUAUGUUAUGAACAAGACCCAUCGGAUCCAAAUUCUCUGCUGCUUAUCCCGUCAAUCCUUGAAGAAGGCAGAGGAAGGCCGCAGAGGUGGCCAUUUAGCACACCCGACUGCCUUUAUGCAGGACGGCAUCUCGAGUGUGAUGAUUCAAGUCACAUGUUUCUUACGCCAGGCUUCUUCCCCCGUUUACAGGUACACCUCCACAACAAAGUUAUGGCACUGAAGAACCAACAUGGAGCAACUUACAGUCUCGAGAAGUACCUCAUCAUCAUAAACAUCAAUGGCAUGUAUAUCAGGGUGGAACUUGGAGGACAACUAGGAUACUACAUUGAUGUCCUGGCAUGCUCCACUAAGAAUCUGACAGAAACACUCCGACUCAUACAGCAGCUCAUUAUUCCGGCUAUCCAAAGCUUCUGCCAUGGUGUCAACUUGACCGAAAACAUCAUGCGUCCAGAAUGCGUGAGAAGUCUAACAGCCCCUAGAUACCGGAAAUCUCAGUUUGUCUCUUCGCAACAACUGAAGCAGGCGCUCCUCUCAGUUCCUGCUGAGAGCAUGUAUGAUUAUCAGCACACGUGGUGUCCAGUCUCAGAGUCCGAAAGACCUGUGCUUGGCGCUGGCUUUGAUUUUGCUCGGGACCUCUUAUCGGAUGAUGACUUCCGUGAGGUGCUGCACCGCAGGUAUCACGACCUGUACAACCUUACAAAUGAACUGCAAGUUCCAAAUGAAAACAACCCAGAUGGACCUGAAAGCUCCAUGACGACAACUGAGGAACCGGACUGUAGAGUUGAGCCGACAUUUGGUGGUAUUGCCAAGGGAGUUGAAGCAGUUCUGCAGAGACUGAAAAUCAUUGAGCAGGAAAUCAGAGAUCUGAAACAGGAGAUCCAAGGGCUCAGAUACUAUGAGCACAGACUCCUCCUUCAGCUUCACCACAAAGUAAACUAUCUUGUCAACUAUAAUGUCCUAGUCGAAGAAAGGAAAGUGCCCAACAUGUUCUAUUUCGUGAGAACAGAGAACUACUCAAGGAGGUUGGUAACCAAUGUAAUAUCAGGCAUGACGGCACUUCGACUACACAUGUUAUGUGAAUACCGCAGAGAAAUGCAUGUGGUUGAAGAUCAGAUGGGAUGCGAAAUGAUGCAUAUUGAUAACAGGGCAGUACAAUGCUUGGCUCCCUACAUGACAAAAUUCAUGAAAUUAAUCACGUUUGCACUUAAGAUCGGAGCCCAUCUAGCUGCCGGGAUGGGAGAGAUGAUCCCCGACUUGAGCAGGGAAGUUGCUCAUCUAGCCGAUUCUUCCCUCAUGUGCGGAGCAGCAGGGGUAGUUGCCGCGGGGGCCGUUGGAGCCGCUGCAACAUCCAGAAGCAGAACCACUGACCGCUCGAGGGAUAUGCAACAAGAUCUACGAGCAGCACAACAAUGGGUAGUGGAUUUCCUGAGGGACCGCAGCUGUGCAACUGGGAAAGAUAUCGCAGAGAAGUUUGGACUGUGGAGGAUUCGAUACAGAGAUGAUGGGCAGAUUGCGUGGGUCUGCCGGAGGCAUAUGUACACCAGAGCAAAUGAAAUAAUCGAAGUACCGAUUUAAUGAAGCACAGGCCUCUAAAGAGAUCAUUGUACUUUGUCUAUGUAAUUUAUGCAAUAGAACCCAAUUAACUUUUCAUCGAUUAACGCAUUGGUGCAAUUCAUACUUCUAAAGGCUUUCGCUUAA